ACCAUCGACAAAGCGGGGGUUUGGGGGCGGUAGCCCCCGAUACUAAGGAAAUAUAUAGGAUAAAAAGGAUUAUUAGGUGUUGCGUCAGGUGUUAGGUGUUGCGCGCUUAGCAACGAUAAAAUUGUACGCUUUUCCAUUCUUUUUUACGUACCGGUAAAGUGCAAUCGUCCCCCGUUUUGAAAUGUGACCGUAUUGACCCAUCUAGAAAUUUCUUCGAUCACGGAUGAAUCUAAACAAACAAGAAUAAGUGUUACAAAUGGACAACACAUUGAUGAGAAUGACACAUACACAGAAAAGUGUGGCGGCCUCCAAAAAGUUCAAAAUGAGAAAACGAAAGACAGAAAGCAAUACCUGGGAAAGUGACAUUAAAAGCAAGUGCACAAUUAGAAAGGACUUUGAUUCCAAAACCCAAACUAGUGUAAACACUAUAUCGGCGAGGGUAAGUCCAGAGACCUUAAAUUCAGACCAAACAAUAGAUGAUUUGAACUCUGUUUGUGUCAAAAUUGAGACUGAUGAAUGGACAGCAUGGUAUAAUACGGCUUCUGAUUUUUAUUCCGUUUGUGCAAAAUCAGAACAGGUUCUAUGGGAAGAGAGACAUCCAGAUUGCAACAAACAAGAUGGCUUCACCUCUGAAUGUGUGAAAUCAGAACAGACGGAAUGUGAAGUUUUGCGUCAAGAUGUAACCAGACAAGCUUGCUACAAUUCUCUAUGUGUGAACAAAAACACGACUUCCAAUUCAAAUGCACAAGAUGAGCUCCAUUCUGUAUGUGGGACAACACAACAGUCUCUAAAUCCAAUUACAAACCAAGGUUAUAUUACAACAAAAGACUUCAAUAAUGAAUGUGGUAUUGCUAAACAGUAUAUAAAGACAGAAACAGACAUUGAAAAUACAACAGCAAAUACAAGUAAACAUUCAAAAACACCAGAGAAUCAAGAUAAACUGGCCGACCAAAAUUCUGUAUAUCUGACAAGGGAAGAGAUUGAACUUUCAAAUGUUGACGAAUAUUGUGCUAAAUCUGCUGUGGGUGGAGGGACAAUACAAAUGGACCAAUACUCCAACUUAAAUGUUCCAAGACAUUCGAACUCGGAAAAAGAUGACUCAUUUUCAUUUAUAUGCUAUAGGAACAACCAUGGCUGGCGGGCGAUUUGGGGGCAUUCAGAUUAUGAAGGUGGUGGUGACGAAGAAGCUUGCUCUGAACCUUUAAGUUCCAACGCACUGUUAGAAAAGGACACAUCUUCACACACAUCUGGUUACAAGUACAGAGAAGAAAGGGCGAGCGUAAGAGGUAAUGAAGGUGGUGGUGACAAAGAAGCUUGCUCUGAACCUUUAAGUUCCAACGCACUGUUAGAAAAGGACACAUCUUCACGCACAUCUGGUUACAAGUACAGAGAAGAAAGGGCGAGCGUAAGGGGUAAUGAAGGUGGUGGUGACGAAGAAGCUUGCUCUGAACCUUUAAGUUCCAACGCACUGUUAGAAAAGGACACAUCUUCACGCACAUCUGGUUACAAGUACAGAGAAGAAAGGGCGAGCGUAAGGGGUAAUGAAGGUGGUGGUGACGAAGAAGCUUGCUCUGAACCUUUAAGUUCCAACGCACUGUUAGAAAAGGACACAUCUUUACGCACAUCUGGUUACAAGUACAGAGAAGAAAGGGCGAACGUAAGGGGUAAUGAAGGUGGUGGUGACGAAGAAGCUUGCUCUGAACCUUUAAGUUCCAACGCACUAUUAGAAAAGGACACAUCUUCACGCACAUCUGGUUACAAGUACAGAGAAGAAAGGGCAAGCUCAUGUGAAUCAGAUGUCAGCGAGUCAGAGAGCUUAGAUGACACUGAUAAUGACCCAGACUUCAGUUUAGAAUCCAAUUAUGUGUCCGACUCCUCAUCCGAUACAUUUGAAGUUAUUCAAGAGACAGGUUUUUCAGCACGCACUAUAAAAAACAAAUCAAGUACAAGUGUAAAACUACCAUCUAAUAAACAAAAAACUGUGUAUAGGUCAAAUAAUGAUGUUUCUUCAACCACGGAUGGUGCUUCAAACAGAAAUGCAAAAAUUACAGUCCAGACAAGUAAUAAUGAAAAUGGGAGAAAGUGGGAUAAAACACAAUACUGUCUUUUCUGCGAGAAAGGUUACACAAACAUAACAAAGCAUUACUUAAAAUCACACAAAACUGAAACAGAAGUUCAGAAAAUAUUAUGUAUGCCCAUUAAAUCCAAGGAACGCACUGCAAAAUGGACCCGCUUAAGGAAUGCUGGAAACUACAAACAUAAUGUGAGUGUUUUGAAAGAGGAAAGCGGCGAAUUUGUCGUCGUUGCAAGACAAUCACAUGACACAAAACCCGAGGAUUAUCUCCCAUGUGAUGACUGCUUGGGUUUUUUCCAAAGAGAAGGUCUUUGGAGGCACAAACAGGUUUGCCCACUUCGCACAGGGAAACAGAAGUCCAGAAGAGUCCAAGCAGAUGCAGCCCUACUAUUGCCUGCUUCCAACACAAUACAUGCUGGACUGAAAGAGAAUGUUUUUGGCAAAAUGGUAAAGGAUGAAGUAACCCUUGCUGCACGUAAUGAUACGAUUAUAUUAAAAGUUGGUGAGAAACUAUAUCAGAAACACGGACAUUUGCCACACCUCUAUUCCCACAUAAGCCAAAAAAUGAGAGAACUUGGGCGGUUUUUAAUAUGCUCAAAAACCCAAGAUUUAAGCAUCUGUUGUUUGAAUGACAUACUUCGCCCUGAGAAGUUCCCGUUGGCAGUUCAAUCAACCAAGGCUUUGUGCGAGUUCAAUGAAGUGACAAAUAGUUACAAAAAUCCUUCUUUAGCUCUCAAGAUAGGGCACCUGCUCAAAAAAUGUUCAAAGGUGGCAAAAUCUGAAGCCCUGAUUAAUGGUGAUGUUGAGCGAGGUAGCAGAGCAGACAAUUUCUUGGCAGUCUGUAAUGACAAAUGGGCCGAUGAAAUUUCAAGUUGUGCUCUAGAAACACUUACAAGGAACAAGAUGAACAAAGGCCACUUGUUGCCAGGAGAAGACCCUGAAUCUUCUGACACAGACCAUGAUGUGCCAAUCAGACAGCCACAUGCAAAACCUGGGCCGUCCACAACUGUAACCAUGUCGGGUCAACCCAAAAGGCUUCAGAAACUCAGUGAAGACCAGAGCCAUCUUCUGAAGACGCUGUUCAAAACGAAUAUCGCGUUGAGAAAGGAACUUAAGCGUGAAGACUGUGAAAGAGUAAUGCAAAAAUAUCAAAUUCUACGCGGAUUGUCAUGGAAAAAAAUAAAGAACACGAUUCAUAACUGGAUUACUGCUGAAAAGCGAAAAACAAAAAUGAUUUUAUAGCUUUUUAGCCCACCUGCGCACAAUGUUCUCAUGGUGAGCUUUUGUGAUCGCCUUUUGUCUGUCGUCCAUCUUGCGGCAUCAACAUUUGCCUUGUUAACAUUCUAGAGGUCACAUUAAUUGUCCGAUCUUCAUGAAAUUUUAUUUGACGAUUUGUCCCAAUGAUAUCUUGGAAAUGAUUAAAAAUGGUUCCGGUUGGUUGAAAAACCAGGGGCAUUUUUUCUAUUAUGGCUAUAGUACAAACUUGUCAAUAAUCUAAAAGUCACAUUUACUGUCUAUUCUUCAUCAAACUUUGUAAGAACAUUUGUUUUUAUGAAAUCUUUGAUGAGUUCAAAAAUUGUUCUGGUCUGUUGAAAGCAUGGCUGCCAGGGGGUCCAUUUGCGUAUAGUUCACUUUUGAUGAAACUUGGUCAGAACAUUUCUUCUAUGAUAUUUUGGGCUGCACAGAGAACAGUUCAGUUCCUUUGUACCUCAGGUGAGCGACUUUGAGCCUUGUUUUCUAAGGGUCAGCUCAUGUGCUUUGACAUUUACGUUUUUGAAGUCAGCUUGUGUGAAUUGUACCUAUUCUGAAUUGAUUUUGAUACUAUUAUUACAUUUUAAGAUGUGUCAGGUCAUGACACAACAUUUUAUUAUUUUGAUGGAUUUCAUAUGUAUGUAUCACUUUUUCACAGUCUUGGCACCGAAGUUCAUUUGGUUCCUAUGGUUGGGAACUUUUGUUCAAUUGUCAAAGUUAAACAUACACAUUUCAGUUUUAUGUAUUUCAGAACGGAAAUGCUUCUUUCUCCUCAUUUUGUUUAAGAUGUCAAAUUUGUUUAAUUUAUUUAAUAAUAGAUAUUUCUCCAUGGGUUCUUGUAGAAUUUACUUCAGUUCGGAGUUGCGAACCGAAUUGGCCAUGUUUUGUUAGCAAGUAACACUGUACAACAAGGUCUCUUUUUCCCCACUCUCAAUAAAAAUGUUUUACUCACUUUGAAAGAGUUACUAAAUUCCUUGGAAACAUUGGAUCAUUUUCUAUAUUAAUAGAUCAAUUGUUAUUAUGUUUUCUUGAUGGUUAAGGCAUUGUGACAUGUAUAUAUAUUUGAUUUUUUAUGACCGUCCAUCAUGAGUUAGUCCGUACACACAUUAGAAUACGCAUUAAAAACACAAAAUACUGUCAAAUGAAAUUGAAAAGGACCUAAAUAAACAAAUCAUGGUUUGGCGUAACGCAACUGACCCACGAAAUAUUGCUGCAACCCAAUUUUCGGGGGCCAUCCUGGAUAACAUCUUGAGGCUAUACACUUAAAGGCAAAAUAACAGAAAUAAUUGGACUGAUCGACACACCUCCAAUAGUCUUUGUUGCUAUACGUCAAACUUGUUUAUUGAAUUUAGGCAUAAUUUGAUUAAGGUAUACCAUGUGUGAUGAAGAAUAUGUAAUAAUGAUAGCCUGAUACAUGUGUGCUCUGUGUGGGACAUCCCAAUGUAUGCACCUCACAUUGUAUGUAGUAUACGCAUAUCUUAAAAUGCAAAAUAUUGAAAAAUACAAUUGAUGCAUGGGUUUAAGUUACCAAAAAUGUUGCCCGUCUAUAUUUAUCAUUCAAAUAUUUCAUCAAAUAGAGGUAGGCCUCGGUGUGUUGGUACGGAACAAAGGAACUCUCUAUGAGAUAUAAACCGGUACGUGUGUGAGGGUGUGUGCGCGUGUGCGUGUGUUCGUGUGUGUGUGUGCGUGCGUUUGUGUGUGUGUGUUGUUAGUGUUUAUAAUUAUUUUAUGUAUGGUUUUUGAGCGCGCAAUUUGAUUCUUAACCUAACAAAUUGUUUAUUGUUAAAUUAAUUAUGUUUUGCGAUACUUUUUUGUUGUUGGGAGCAUUAGUUAAUGCAUGGAACCAAUACAGUUCAAUAAUCUUUAGUCAUCGCGGCCUCCAUCUGUAAUCUAUUGCUAUUGUUAUUAGUAUUAAAGUCCAUCUUUAUAUUUUUCUCCUAUGUGAGUUCAAGUGUAAGCAGUCA